GAACCCGCCGCCGCCGCCGCCGAAGAAGAAGAAGAACAAGAAUCCCAAGUACCUGCUCUCACCACCAUAAGCGCCCUCGGCGACGAGCUCAUCCGCGAGAUCUUCCUCCGCCUCCCCUCCCUCCCGACCCUCGUUCGCGCCGCCCUCACCUGCCGCGGCUUACUCCGCGCGGUCCGUUCGAGCCCCGCCUUCCGCCGCCGCUUCCGUGAGCUCCACCCGCCUCCAAUACUCGGCGUCUUCCUCGACAUCUACGAUGAUGAUGAGGUCCUGCCUGCCUUCGCGCCCGUUCGCCGCCGCUCCGAUCCGGACCACGCAGCCGCCGUCCGCGGCAUCGAUGUCUUUCUUACCCGUCUGCCCGACGACGGCGAAAGAAAUUACGACGACGACGACUACUACGACUAUGACUACGAGGAAGACAACGACGGCGAUGAACCCGGAUGGUCAAUGUCAGAGUGCCGCGAUGGGUACGCCGUUCUCAUCAACUGGAACACCAAGCAGCUGGCCGUCUACGAUCCUCUCACAGGAGCCCUGCAUCUCUUGCCCGUGCCGCCCGAUGAGAUAUAUAAACGGAGGCAAGUUGAGUUCCACGUCUUCUCUUUCGAAGAGGACCAUGGGUCGUUCCGCGUAGUCUGCGUUUCCAGCGAUGGUCUGGCGGCGGCCGUCCUCUCAUCGGAUACCAGCAAGUGGCAGAUUUUCCCGUUGAAUGAGGAUGUAGGCUUGCAAGCUGAAGGCGGCCAUUACUGGCCUCACACAGGCACGUUGGUGAAUGGGUCUGUUUAUAGGACAUUUGCAAACGGAACCAAUGUAUUUGUGCUGAACAUCACAACGCUUCAAUGCUCUCAAAUCGAUCUGCCGCUUUGUGUGUCAGGGACAGACAGUUUCAAGAUUGGUGAGACCAAGGAUGGGAAGCUCUGUUUGGUUUAUGCAUCUGAACUCACGCUUGUUGUUUGGGUCUGGAGAUCUGGUGACGAUGGUAUCAACAGAUGGAUGCGCGUAAAGAGAUUUCGGCUGCAUAAUGCGAUUUCUGAGAUCCCCCAACAUUGUUCAGAUGAGUGUCUUACACUGAAGGUUGUGGGGAUUAUCGGUGGCAUUGUGUAUCUGUCUACUGACAGUUCUGAUCCUCGAUGCUGGUUCUUAUCCUUCUGUCUGGAAAAUGAGGAGCUGAAUAAGCUCUGCUGUGUCACUCAAUCUGUUCAUUACUAUCCCUACAUCAUGGCGUGGCCUAAUUCUUUCGUGCACAAUAAGGUGAAUCCUCUACUCGAGGAGGCUUGACUAGGAGGGAUAAGAAAACUAGAGCCACAGAUUUAUACUUGAACUCUGUAUCUUACUUUAUUUACUGAGGGCUUGCAAGUUGUUAUGGUUCUAUAGAUGAUGUCUUAGUUAGAUUUCAUCAGAAUGAAUCAAGAUGUCCAGGUAUUAUUGUAACUUGGAAGUGUCAAGUCACAUGUAUAGCCUUGUUAUAUAUCAUCAAGCUGGCAGGUUAUAUGACCUGAGAAUGCUCGGACUGUCGGACAAGGCUUUGUUUUGUUGUCCUUAAUAGUGUUUUUCUGUAACUA